AUGCCGCCCGCCGCCCUCUCCGCCCGCAUCCAGGCCGACAUGGCCUGGUUCAGCGACGCCUUCCGCCGCCAUGUCGCCAAGGAGAACAGCGUCGGCCCGGCUCCCAUCGACCUGGGCACGGCCGAGAACCGCCUGGCACACGGUGACAUGGUCGAGCUGCUGCAGCGCGCCGCCGCCGACUUCCCUGCGCACCUGCUCUGCUACGCCAAAGGGCUCGGCGCUAACCAAGAGCUGCUGCACGCCGCCGCCGCCUUCUUCAACAGCUUCUUCCGCCCGCGCGUGCCCGUAUGCCCCGAGCACAUCGUCGCUGGCCCGGGUGCCAGCGCCCUGCUGGAGACGCUCGCCUACUCGCUCUGCGCCGACGGCGACGCCAUCCUCGUCGAGGCGCCCUACUGGAGCAGCUUCAACGUCUACUCGACCGUGCGCAACCAUGUCCAAAUGGUGCCCGUCCACUGCCCGCCGCCGCCGUGCAGCCCAGCCGAGUACGUCGCCUGCUUCCGCAACGCCCUGCGCAGCUCGCGCCGCCGCGUCCGCGCCAUCCUGCUCUGCAACCCGCAGAACCCCCAAGCCCACAUUCAUGCGCGCGGCACCAUCGAAGCGCUCCUGCAGUUCUGCGAGGAGGCCGACCUGCAUUUCGUCUCGGACGAGAUCUACGCCCUCUCCGCCUUCGGCCCGCUGCCGGGCUGCGGCGGGCUGCAGUCGCCGUCCCUGUCCUUCGAUUCCGUCCUGGCCAUGGACUUGGAGCGGCUGCGUGUCGACGCCUCCCGCGUGCAUCUACUCUACAGCAUCAGCAAGGAUUUCGGGAGCAGCGGGCUCAGAAUGGGCUUCGUCGUCACACAAGCACACCCAGAGUUGCGGUACAGCCUGUCAGUCUUGAACUUCGCCAGGUUCUCCAACGCCGCGUCGUGGGUGGCGACGCGUCUGCUGGGCGACCUGCCCGAGGUGCAGCGCCUGGUCGACGUCAACCGCUCGCGCCUCCGCACCGCCGCGACCCUGGCCGUGCGCUUCCUGGACUUCCACGACCUCCCAUUCUACCAGCCCGCCGCAGGGCUGUACGUCUGGGCGCGGCUCGGCCCGCCCGGUUGCUCCUGGGAAGACGAGGCCCGCCUGCUUGCCGAGUUUGCGGCUGCGGGCGUGUUUGUGGGCGCGGGCGGCGAGUAUUCGAGCCCGGAGCCGGGCUGGUUCAGGCUGACGUUUGCCAUCCCGCGCGACGAGCUGGUGGAGGCUCUGCGGCGCAUCGAGCGCGUCUUGGGCGUCGUCAAGCACUGGCGGCCUGACGCGUGA